AGGCGAAGGUCAGCAGUAGCGCCCAAAGUCUGCUGGCGCUGCAAGAUGACCUUGCAGCCUCUCGAAGAGCACAAGACGCACUUGACCAGGAGCGUCGGCUGAAGCUGCUGGAGACUUGGAGGCAGGAGGAGGUGCAACAAGUCUUGAGCCGCUACGACCAGAGGAUCGAGUCCCUGACCCACAAAGUGGCGACGGAGGAGCUCCAGAAGACCUUCCAGCCGUUGACCACAGAGGCAAAGCAGCUGACCGAGCAGGUGACCGUGCGGGUGGCAAAUCUGGAGGAGCAAGUGACGCAAAGCCAGGCUGGCGGCGGCGCGGAAAGCGCUAGGUACGUCCAGCUGGUGGACGGGGGAAGCAAUUUGAGUAAUUUGAGUCAGACAAUAAGUGAAC